AUGAAGGACUUCACUGAAAUCACGCUGUGCCCCGACAGGCUGGAGCAGAGUAAGACGGAGUUUUACAAUCCCAUCUUCGAGAGUGAGGGGGCUGGCUGUGCACCCCCUACCCCACACCAGACAGAGUGGGAGAACGGGACCAGCGCUGGAUCCCCCAGGGAUGGCCUCGGCCAGCAGCUCUGGAGCAGGGUGGGCAGGAAACACAGGCCCAACUGCACCUUCUCCUGGCUGUGCCUAGCACUGAUGGGUUCCUUGCUCUUGCUGCUCCUCGCCUUGCUGCUGGGGAUCAUCAUCUCCCAGCUGCAGUCCUCACGCCCGGCUGGACCCUCCUCUGUGACUGCAUCCACUCAGCACCACGACGCCACCAUCACGGCACCCGCUAGUACAGCCGAGCCCAUGGCCACCGUGCCACCCCCAGCCACUACACCGGAGCCCUCCUGUGGGGGGACCCUGCAGGGCCCCGAAGGCUCCCUCAGCUCCCCCAGGUACCCUGCCCCCUACCCACCCAACACCCUGUGCAUCUGGCGCAUCCAGGUGGAGGAUGGGCUGGCCAUCCAACUGAAGAUUGAGUCACUCAGCCUGGAGGGCACCAGGUGGUGCCUCUUUGACCGAGUGGAGCUGUACGAGGAGCUGGGGGCAGCUAGCGGCUCCCCUUGGGGAGGAACAUCCAGGUUUUGUGGGGACGUGGCGCCCCCGACAAUCAACACCAACUCCAACCGGUUGCGCGUCACCUUCGUCUCGGACAACAGCGUGGGUGCUCUGGGGUUCACCGCCCACUACCGUGCCAUCCUGCCCAGCGACAAGAGCUGUGCCUGGGACGAGUUUUUCUGCGACCAGGGGCUCUGCAUCCACCUGGGCCUUGUCUGUGACGGCUUCCAUGACUGCACAGACAAGAGCGAUGAAGCCAACUGCAGCUCGAGACACAAAGAAUGUGGUGGGUCGCUGACCAACUUGGAGGGGCAGUUCUCCACCCCAAGCCACCCCCAGCCGUACCCGCAUCAGCAGUUGUGUCUCUGGCAGAUCGCCGUGCCCGUGGGCCAUGUGAUCGAUCUGCAAUUCCACAACUUCAGCCUGGAGUGGCAGGAGGACUGCACCUUCGACUUUGUGGAGGUGCACGACAGUGCAGGCACAGAUGCCUCCAGCCUCUUGGGCAGGUUCUGUGGCUCCCAGCUGCCGCCCAUCCUGACCUCCUCACGACACGUCAUGACUGUCCUGUUCAUGGCAGAUGAGGGCGUGGCGGAGGACGGGUUUUUUGCCACCUACCGUGCCCGGAACGCCACGGAAAAAACGUGCAGCCCCUCGGAGUUCUCCUGCAGCAACGGGGAGUGCCAGGCGCGGGAGUUGGUGUGUGACGGCUGGCACGACUGCCUGGAUGAGAGCGAUGAAUUCAACUGCACGAAUGUCUCACCCCCCUCCUUUGAGUCCUCCUGCCAGCAGAUCCAAGUGGAGAUGUGCUUGGGCCUCAGCUACAACACCACCUCCUUCCCCAACAUCUGGCUGACCAUCCCAGACCAGCAGGGAGCGGCCACCAUGCUCCAAGACUACAAGCCCCCCAAACAUCGGUGCCCCAGGCCUUGUAGUGCUCACUGCCUCCCUGUCUCCCCACAGGUCCUGAUGGAGCUCCCCUGCUACCAGCACCUGCACCUGCUGAUAUGCAGCCUCUUCGUGCCCAAGUGCACGCCGGACGGGGGCGUCCUGCAGCCCUGCCGCUCCGUGUGCCUGACGGCGGAGCAGCGCUGCCAGCAGGCCCUCAGCCUCCUCAGCAUCCUCUGGCCCAUCAACUGCAAUGUCCUCCCCGACUCCAACGACCCUGUGGAGUGCUUCAAGCCGUGAGGGGGCAGUGGGGCCCAAUAAGCAGAGGGUGGGGCUGGCUCUCCCCCCAGCCAGGCCAGAGACAUAACCUGUCUGACUUUGGGGCGAGUGCGGACUCGAAUCCUUCUCAGACCUAUGCCCUCCACUUCCUAUGCAUUUCCCUUCAGGGACCUGAGGAUACAGGAAGAGCCUGUGGGGCCCAGGAGCCCCAAAUAAAGGUGCUGGAGAAGAAACCACCCACCCUGAGACUGGGAGAUUGCUGCCCCAUAACAGUCCCCUAAGGGAGCCGCCAGGGCUGGCCCUAAGGGCCUGGAAUGCGAGUGACUGGCUGUGGGGGCCCCACACUGCAUAGCCACAGCACUUCAGCGACACCUGGUCCCAUCUCCCCAGUCCUGCAGUGGGGCUAAAGGGUCAGCGGGCUCGUGCCUUCUUCUCACCCACCACAUCCUCCGAUACCCUGUCCAAGCAGAGGGGGAGGUGACUCUCUACUCCCCCCACCCCAGUCUACUUCCUGCAGCAAGGUGACAGCUCCCUCCCAGCUGACCCAAGAAUGGUACCUGCCAUCUCCGACAUAAGGAGCCCAGGGGGUGGCCCUCUUUGUCCUAAUGUCCCCAGUCCCAGCAGAGCACACACCUGGGCCUGGCUGAGCGGCCGUUGCCCGUCGCCCGCCUCGUGCUCGGCACACGGCAAGGCCCAGUGCUGUGCUAAUACACAGGCUGCCCAAGGGGAGAAGGCUGCUUUUGGACUAGGCAUGGGACUGAGGAGGGCUGAGUUCAGUUCUCAGUUCUGCAACAGACUCCCUACAUGACUGGGGGAAGAGAAAAAAUAAAUCCUUCUGUGACUCAGUUUCCCCAUCUGUAAAAUGGAGACAAUACAACCAGGGGGUGGUGAGGAUAAAAGCAUAGCUACCUGGGGCCCUGUUGUGAUGGGAGGGGUAUGGAAGUAGGGAGAUGAAUGACAAAAAACACCUCAAGAAAUGGCACCUACCCCAACAUCACACUUCAUUCCACAGACCUUCCGGUGCCCACGCCUGUAAUUUGACAUCUCAUCUGGGCAGCGGGGCUGGAGAUCAGCUUCCCCAGUGCCACGGCAGCUUAAGGCAUAGCACCCGCUGGCAUGCUUCAGGUCCUUGGCCCCGUUCUAGCAUCAGGCUGUCUUUCCACCUUACUCAAAUGCCGCUUGUGCCCAGGGUGAAGAGUUAAUGAUCUCACCAUACAGACACGUGGGCUAAGGCAAGGCCUGGUGCACUGGGCUCCACUUGACUUGGCUGGCAGCUCCUGGGGAUGCCUGCACCUGGUGUGCUGGCCAGAGCAGCAGCGCAGGCUCCAAGGCCCUUGGCAUGACUCUGUGUGUCUAAUAAACAGCUGCAGCAUUUUGCAACUACAACCUUUGAAAUAAUAAUUUGGUCUCACCCCCACCCGGGGGGUCAGGUCAAUAUUACCCUAAUGUCAGCGCUGGGGAAACUGAGGCACAGAGAGGGGUAAUUAUUUGCCUGCAGGUCAGGGGCAAGGCCAGGAUCAGAACCCAGGAAGCCCAUGUCUGAAUCCCCAGCUCUAAGCACUGGAAGGGGUCACUGGGAACUGAGACCUAAGGGGUUCCUGGACAAGGAGCUGGGGAGUGAGAGCAGGAGCCCUCGUCUUUCUGAAGCAGACAUGGCUCAUAGCUAGGGCCCUACCAAAUUCACGAUCCAUUUUGGUCAAUUUCCCAGGCAUAGGAUAAAUUUCAUGAUUUUUUCAGCUAUUUAAAACUGAAAUUUCAUGGUAAUUGUAAUUGUAGGGCUCUGACUCUUACAGGAAUUGCGGAGCGGGGGGGAAAUCACAAGGUUAUUGGAGCGGGGGGUUGCGGUGCUACUACCCUUACUUCUGCGCUGCUGUUGGAAGCAGCACUGCCUUCAGAGCUGGGCGGAGAGA